AUGGCUGUUCCAAUAGACCACCCUCGUGCAGCAUUUAUUUUUGGGAUACUAGGCAACGUGAUUUCCUUCUUCGCGUUUUUAUCACCCUUGAAAACAUUUAAGCGAAUAUGGAAAAGGAAAUCGACGGAAGGCUUCCAAUCAUUGCCUUACGUUGUUGCAUUAUUCAGCUGCAUUGUAUGGUUAUACUAUGCCACACUCAAAACCAACGUUUUUCUUCUCGUUACCAUUAACUCAUUUGGAUGUGCCAUAGAGAUUAUUUACAUUUUAAUCUACAUGAUCUAUGCAGACAAGCGUGCCAGGUAUUUUUGCAUAGCACAAUUUGUGGCUAUGAAUGUGAUGUGCUUGCCUACGAUCAUUCUGGGGACGUAUUUUAAGCUACAUGGUUUGGUUCGCGUCAAAGUUGUUGGACUCAUAUGUGUAAUAAUUUCAACGUGUGUCUUUGUAGCACCCCUAAGCAUUUUGGUAAAGGUUAUACGUACAAAGAGCGUAGAGUUUAUGCCCAUCCUUUUGUCAAGCAUUCUCACAGUUAGUGCCAUAAUGUGGUUUUGUUACGGUAUUUUUCUCAAGGACAUAUGGAUUACCAUACCAAACGUGGUGGGUUUUACGUUGGGGUUAAUACAGAUGGUGGUAUAUUUAAUUUAUAGGGGACGUGGGGAACGUUAA